ACUCUGACCUCCCGACAGUCUGUGCAAGAUGGCCGCCUGAGUGGAGCUGUUCUUCUCCAGUAAAACUAAUCCAGCGGUGAGCUGCUCGGACUGCUUCAGCUGUCUGCUCAGAGGAUGACACGACGACACCGUCUGCUCCUGAUUUAAGUCUUAAGGAGAACAGAAGCGUGGAAGUCAUGGAAUAAAACAGCGCUGGAAUCGGAGGGGGUAAAGGGCCCUUUGUUGUAGCCCAGUAUGGACAGCUUCUUUAAAGCAGCUGUAUGUGAUCUGGACAAACUGCUUGAUGACUUUGAGCUCAAUACUGAGGAACUUGAGUGCAAACCUGUUUUCCUGAAACCCUCAGCAUACCCCUUCUCCUCACUGGGCCCUCAGUGUUUACCCUCAGAGGGGUCCUCCAUCCCACCGAGCCUUCCUGACCUGAACUCUCUUCAUUAUGGCUCUGCCACCGGCUGCCCCGAUGGCUCCAACAGUCACAACCGUGGCGCCGAUGACAGAGAGGUCAGAGGUCAACCUCUCACCGGGGUCGACCUACUGUCGUCUGUGGACCGCAGGCCAGCAAAAAGCUCCGCCCCUCCCUUGCCGGACAGAGCUCUAAAGCCAGUGUGCGACCUUGUAAACGACACUAGUUCGGCCAUCCUGGUCAGAGCCAACAGCCACGAUGCUUUCAGUGAACUGGAUGUGGCGGAAAAGCAAAUGGAGGAGGAGGAGGCACUGCUGGUGGACUUCGAGUGCCCUGUGGUGACAGAGGAGAAAAGUGGAGUAAGCCACAGUGGUGGCUGCAGAGAAAUCCAGGAGGAACAAGCCUCUGCAGGGAACGAUGUACAGUUGAGCUUGGACUCCCAGGAGCAGAGCGGUGGAUACUCUGCCUCACUCAGUCUGCUGGACGUCAUCCUUCCUGCAGCAGCGGAGAGAGGCUGCGAGCCCACCGAUGAUUCACUAUCACCAACAAGUAGUGAGCCAGCUGGUAGAGAGGAGGACAGUGAAAGAAUGGCCAACUCUUUAGACCACAGUGAACCAGAGCCAGUUAAUAGCACUCAAGAAACCUCAGUGAAUGAAGAGGAUGAGCCGCGUGAAACCUCUGAAGCAGAGUCUGCUGCAGGAGCCUCGUGCAGUGAGCCAGUGGGCUUGUCAUGCCUGCCCAUAGCUGUGUCUAUGUGUGGAGCUCUGGUUAAUCCAAAGACCCCCGAAGAUGAAGUUACAGAGCAGUGUGAUGAGCCGGAUGUCUCUGAGAGCACAGAGGCAGACUCUGUGUCAGCUUUGGAAGCUGGGGGAGACGGCUCACAUUUAGAGGAACCAGGUAACUCGUAUGUGCCUCAGCUGAUUGCAGAGGACAGACUGUCUCCAGAGGGACAGCAUGUCUCUCCUGAACCUGCUGCAGCUGUUACUCCUGCAGACCUUCCCUCUUCAGAACCCAGCCCGGUGGAUCCUCCAGAGUUUGGCUUUGAGUAUCUGCCUGAGAGUGACCAGGCUGAACUACUGGUUACAGACGAGGAGUUGGAUGCUUUCCUGCAGGCUCACACUGAAGCAGAGCAAGGUGCAGGCAUUUCUUACUGCAGCAGCUCUGGAGAUUUUAUCCAACCUGAGUCUCUCUCAGAGUCAGACGGGGCUCUGGAGGAGAGGGUGGUGGAACAAGAGCUGAGGAGGUGUGGCCAAGCGAGGCUGGAGGAGCCUUGUCCAGAAAGUGACAGAAUGAUUUGUAUAUCUGUAGAGGGAAGCUUAAAUCCUGGUGCUCCAUCAGUAUCACAGGACUCUUGCCAAGAAGAUUUGUCCGGGGUGAGCGAUUCUUUGACCAGCAACACUUUCCAGUCCCAGCACAGGAGUAGCCCUGAUCAGCAGCCCUCCUAUGGAGGUGCCAGACCUAAACAGCUACACUACCAAACUGCCAGAUCUCCACCAGCAGGAGAAGAAGGAGAGGAGCAGGCUCAGACACUCAGUGCUUCUACAACAGGAACAGAGGGUGAGGAGAGUUCACCUGUUAGCCCCGGUGUAACAGAAGAGCCUACAAACUUUAGUCCCACAUAUGCCACUCAGGAGUACAGUGAGGGGUAUGAUGAACUCUCAGAGCCCCCACCUUACCCCGGGGAGUCUCCCACUGACGGUGCCAGGGCGGUGAACUGGAAGAGGGAUGGAGUGGAGGAGCUGGGGAGCAGACAGCCAGCUUGGGUGCCAGACUCUGAAGCUCCCAACUGUAUGCACUGUUACCAGAGGUUCACUUUUACCAAGAGGCGGCAUCACUGUCGAGCCUGUGGGAAAGUUUACUGUGCUGUGUGCUGUAACAGAAAGUGUAAGCUGAAGUAUCUGGAGAAGGAGGCUCGUGUGUGUGUCAUCUGCUUUGAUACCAUACACAGAGCCCAGGCCCUGGAGCGGAUGAUGAGUCCUACAGGUCCCAGCCCAAACCCCAAUGUCCCCUCUGAGUACUGCAGCACCAUCCCCCCUCUGCAGCAGGCUCGAGCCGCCGGCACUCUAAACUCUCCACCGCCGACCGUCAUGGUGCCAGUGUCUGUUCUCAAACACCCAAACAACGACAGUUGUCCUCGUGAACAGAAGCGCGUGUGGUUUGCUGAUGGCAUCUUGCCCAACGGAGAGGUGGCAGACACAACCAGACUGUCGGUGACGAGCCGCAGGAGCUCCCAGGAGUUCAGUGGUGUCACCGCAGACCAAACACCUGGCUCAGCAGGUCCAGAGGCUGGGGUCAGUGGUUCGUCCGCCCCUGAGGCGUCGGAGUCUGUAGAGGUAGUUCGGCCACCGGUGUCUGGACCCUGGGACUAUGCACUGCUCUCUGGAAUAGGUUCUUCAGUGAAGCGGGUUCCUAGUUUGCUGCCAGAUAAUGAGGAUGAGUUGCCACCGUUGCUCAUCACCACUGGAGAGGAUGACGGAGGAGAUGUUUUGGUUGAGGAAAGUCCUGCCCCAUGCCAGAUUUUGCACUUACUAGAGGAGGGAGGACCUUGUCCUCUGACGUUCGUUCUGAAUGCCAACCUCCUAAUCAACGUCAAACUGGUUACAAAUUCCAGCAGGCAAUGCUGGUGCUUUGGAUCUAAUGGACUGCAGGCUCUAGGACAGAAAGAAGUGGUGUUUCUGUUGGAGUGUUUGCCAGAAGAAAAAACUCUGCCAAAAGACCUCUUCACCCUCUAUCUCAGCAUUUACCAAGACGCCCAAAAAGGAAAAUUUUUGGAGGAGCUGGAUAACGUGACAUUCACAAGCAGUUUCUUGGGCAGCAAGGAUCACGCUGGCAUGCUGUUCUUCUCUUCCACCUGUCAGUCUCUGGAUGGACUCACUCUGCCUUCACAGCCUUUCCUGUUCGGCCUGCUCAUCCAGAAACUGGAGGUUCCCUGGGCCAAAGUCUUUCCACUCAGACUGCUUCUCCGGCUCGGAGCUGAAUACAGCGUUUAUCCCACUGCACUGAUAAGUGUGCGUUUUCGGGACUCUGUGUAUCGAGAGACAGGACACACCAUUAUGAAUUUAUUGGCUGAUCUGAGGAACUACCAGUACAGCCUGUCAGUCGUGGAGGGCCUGAGGAUCCACAUGGAGAUGGGCCACAGCUACAUCGACAUUCCCAAAAGUAGUUUUAACGAGAUGCAGAAAGUGGUAAAUGCAUCCAACGAGCACGUCAUCAGCAUCGGAGCAAGUUUCAGCAUAGAGGCCGACUCUCACCUGGUGUGUUUCCAGAAUGAAGAGGGAAACUAUCAGACGCAGGCUAGCAGCAUGCCUGGAAAGACUCGCACAGUGACUGGGGCCAGUUUUGUGGUGUUCAAUGGAGCGCUGAAAGCCUCCUCAGGCUUCAUUGCAAAGUCCAGCAUUGUUGAAGAUGGGUUGAUGGUACAGAUUCCUCCAGAGACGAUGGAGUCUCUGCGUUCGGCCCUGAGAGAGCAAACAGACUUCCACAUACCCUGCGGCAGGAAUGAUGGCGGCGAGCUCAGAGAAAACGUCACUGUCCGCUGGGUUGACUGGACUUCACCUGUCAACACAGGUAAAACUAGUGGCGUCGACGGGAGACCUUUGGAUGGAGUCCACAGUGUGAGGAUGCAGCAGGACGCUGAGUUUGAGGCUGACGGUCGCUCCAUCAGAUGCACAGAGGUGUUCUACCAGCUGAAGUCUCCCGACUGCAGCCUGGCGUCCGUGCUGUUGUCCUGCAGCGUGUUUCAGAAGGAGAUGGCAUUGGCAACCUGCAGUGCUCUGACACCUCAUCUCGCUGUUCUCGCCUCCAGCGGCAUCAACUCGAUCUCGCUUCGCAUCUCCACACAGGCUGACAUGGUGGAGUACCAGGCUGGUUCUAGAGGCAGGCUCCUACCUCAGCGCUACAUGAAUGAGAUGGACAGCGCUCUGAUCCCCGUCAUCCACGGAGGUAGUGCUAGCGUACCACAGACAGCCAUGGACAUGGAGUUCAUCUUCUACAUCACACAUGCCAUCUAAUGAAGACUAUGAAACACUCUGAACACACUGAACACAAGCAGUGAGAAGCUGUGGCAGGACAUGCUAAUUAAUGCAACAGCUGCAGGAUGUGCAGCCAGUUGCAAACGUUCCCACUCUGAAGCUAGGGAUGUGAACUGAUUUGGUUUUCUCUUAAGGAACCGCUGAGUGUUUCAUGCUCACCAAAGCUGCUUUAAUACAAGAAGCCAAACACUAAACAAGGAAUAUGACAACGCGACCAAAUGCAACCAAACUGUUCAACCCGAUCUCCUCUGCUUGGCCUUUCAGGCUCCCUGUGGGUCCGCUCGGAGCUCCUCAGUGAAUGUUUCCCACGGACGCUCAAUUGAAACGUCUCAUUUGGAUGUAUUUAUUAUAAUUUACCAUGGGCUUGUUGAGUUAAAAGAGGAAAUUAAAGCAAGGGAACGCAAAGAGGUGAUCAGGUGCUACUAUAUAGCCGCUUAACAUCCAUAGUUGGCCCGCUGUAAAAAUGUACACCCCGGUGAUGCAAAGAAAUCUCAUCUCACUUUCUCUGAAGAUACUCGGCUCUCAUUUCAUACCCUGGUUUAGGAUGAUACUGCACAAGCCUCAUGCAGGAACCUUUUUCUAUCCUCCGAUUGACUUUUCAUCAAAUUUACUGAACUCUGCACAGUUUGUUGCUCAUUUUAAUGUGACACAUGUAAGGUUCAAACAUUAGAGCAUCUGACAGCCUUGCAUUUGGUUAAAUGUUCUGUUUUGUUUGUAGGCCAAUUUGACUUACAAAAUAUGCUGUACGAAAGAGUAAAAUGUCCUGCUGUCAAAAAUCAACAGACAAAAAUAUAGCAGCAUUUGUAAUAUGGUAUCCAUACUGUUGCAUUUCCACACUUGAUACGCCUAACAUAGUGAGUGUGGGGCUGUCACAUUCACAGCAGUUAAAAAGCGGUUUCAAAAUUAGUGCAACAAGUAAUCAGUUACUUUCACAGACUAUUUGUUAAUCAAUUUAUCCAUUUCAGUAAUUUUUCAGGGAAAAAUUAAGUGUAAAUUUUCUGAUUGCAGCUUCUUAAAUGUGAAUUUUUCUGAUUUCUUUCCUCUAUGACAGUAAACUGAAUAUAUUUUAGUUGUGGACAAAACAAGACAGAGAUUUUUAAUGUAAUGAAUUAAUCCAGAAUUAUAUUAUAUUCAAAUUCUACAUCUAAGUUCCCCUGCUGGCUAGUAUAUAUUCAUAAACAAACCAGUUUGUGUUGUUUUUCCUGCAUGAGGCCUCGUGUGAGCUUUUGUCCAUGAGUCACUUCAUUCACAAAUGAUCUUGGUUAGAAGUGAACCGGACUGCUGCAUUUUCAGCCCUUGUGAGGGCUGGUUGACCGAGGUAACACCUUGUCCUGAAACUUAACUUAAAACUAAAGCCUCAUUUAGACCAGAUUAAUGAUCAAUUCUGUGUAGGGAUGUGUGGGCAUAAUGCAUCAUUCCUGUAGCUGACUUUACAACAGCAUGUUGAGCCUACAGGUUCAACUCUCCCAAUGGAUUUCAUUUCUUUUUCUGCAUUGGUUCCAAAAUAGGCCUUAAUAGUAUGUUUGAUCACAAAAGUUUUCAUCAACAUCUGAAUUGCUCUAUUUUUACAAAAGAUUUGCACUGAACUAAUUAAAAUGCAACAGAAGGGAUUUCUAUUUCAGGUGAAACGGCAAGUUUGUCCAAAAUCAGGAUGUAAUUUCAGCUGUAAUACAUAACAUUUAAGUCACGAAUCAGGGCAGGUAGUUUUAAAGUCACCCAUUCUACCCUGGAGAGAGAAAUCCUGCCCGACUGGGGCGAAAGGCUCAUUUUCUGCACCUUUGAUCUCUGCCACGAUGCUUGUGCUAAAUACUCUUACUUUCAUUACUGACCACUAUUUGACAGCUGUAACUCAAACAUCAAUGACUUUUCUCUUUCAGUGUUUCAGCCUCACUUUAAUGACACUUUAAUCAGAUUUUGCACGACUGAUGAGACAUUUUGUAAGUCAUCAGGUUUGUUUUUUGUUUUAUUUUUGUAUAGUUACAGUACAUUUUGGAAUAGAGUUGGACAAGAAGAUGGAUCCAGAUCUGAAGAAGCCAGGAGAAUGUUAGCCUAGCGUAGCAUAAACAGAGGGAGACAGCUCGCCUGAAGUUAUUUAAAGCUAACAAAAUCAGCCUUUCAACCCUAUGAACUACAAGCAGUUACUGAGCACUUUACGCUCCUGUCACAUUUUUACUGACCAUGAGCUCAUUUUUCACUGCAAUAUGAAGUCCUGCACCUCUAUGGAAACAUCACAACCAUGGCUUUUGUGCAGUUUGACACAGUUAGCCAUGAAUCAUGAAAAAUGGAAAAAAAAAUAAUUAUUUCCACUGAAUUACUUAUAUUUUUGUACAUACAACAAAAAAAUGUAUGUACAACAUUUUUCCAAGCACUCACAGGUGUUACCAAUACAGGUAAAACAUAGUGAUUCCACAUACUAUAGAUAUUUUUACUGCUUCUAUUUUUAAUUUGUUUCCAUCCUCGUCUACUCUCUGCUCUGUGUAAACACAGCCUGCAAUUUAGCCAACAAGUCCCAAAAUUUUCGUCAUAUGGCUGUUGGUCAAUGGCAAUUUUAAAAUGAGGUUUGUAGAACACUGUAAUUUUGAUUAAAUGUCUUGAUUUUAUGCGUAGAUUUGAAAAAAAUGUUUGCCUACGGAAUGGCAUGGCACAGAUGGACCAAAACAACUCUUACUUUACAGUUUCUGGCUAUUAUAAAUGGUGUCAUUUUAGCUAUUAAAAAAAAACUAUGACAUGCCUUUCAAACCCACUGGAAGGUUGUGUGGCUCAAAGGGUUAAAAAUUAAAAAGUUGUGAUUUUCAGAAAUAGUCCAACACAGAAACUCUUGAAAAAGAUGUAAAUAAAGAUAUAAUGAGUUCA